AUGGCGGCGGAAAAAGGCUUCGAUCAAAGGAUUCUAGCAUUGGUAGACACGUGUGUUAGAGUGACUGCCCGCGGGUUCGACGGUGAAACGAAUGCAAGGAAUGAAGAGCGCUGGCAGAAAGUGGUCAAUCUCUACAAGCGCUUGUUGAUCACAUGUCUUCAAUUCCUGCACAACUUUAUCAUGCACAAUGAACAACGAAAAAUGGUACUCUGGUUGGAUCUUUUCGGAUACCACUCCACUGGAGAUUCGAAUAUCAUUCAACCUAGAGAGCCGCUAGACCCGGCCAGUGGUCAGCCUGAGGGAGCGGCGCCAAUUGUCAAGACUGGUGAGAGAAUAGUGAAUCCCCCUAUUAGGGCUCUUUACGACCAGACGGCAGAAGACUUGCUCCUGGAGACUAUCUCUAACUUCCCGAGAGAGCCAGCGACGAUCAAAGAAGAAGCAGCAAUGUUACUUCUCGCAAACAUUAAAGACCACAUGGAGAAGCUUCUUGGGCGUGACCUAACAGCAAUUCAAGAAAUGGGCAAGGAUCCGGAGCAAGUCAAAGAGAUCCGUGCUGCUCUUACGGCGAUACUAGGUGCAAAGGUUGACGGAUUCUCGGACCUUCAAGACAGAGCUAAAGAUCUGCCACCCGCCCUUCCCGAAGACGAGCCGCCGCGCAAGAAGGCCAUACUUACAAUAGAUCGAAGCACGACGGCCGGAUUCCCGCGUAUCUGCUGGGCUGACCUGCCCGACCUCAACGCCUAUGGUGCCCUUGCUGCAGGGGAUGCGACCAUCAUGGAGGAAGAUACAAGCAUGCCGCGGUCGGCUCAAUCUGCUGCUGAAACGCUCCAGGAAGCGAAGGAUGAGCUGAUGGCACGACUUCAAGAGUCAUCUCAGAUUGGGGGCGACGGCGAUCAGGACUAUGACACCGGCGAUGCAGGAACAGUUGGCGACGACGAUUCACGUAGCCUUGAGGCUGUGGCAGAUGGAAGCAUGGAAGAAGAAGAGGAAGAAGAUGAUGAGGAUGAUGACGAUUAUCGAGGCCGCCCAGGUGAUCAACAACGUGGUCUAUUGACGGACAUCCCUCUUGUCCUGGGUCCCGCAGAGAUAGAGGCGCUUCCGAUGAUUAUUCAGGCUGGUAUAGUCGACAGCUUCGGAUUGAAGGGAGGAGAGAGAACUGGCUCAAGGAAUAUGCAGGCCCUUAGAUGCCACAUUCUGCUCACUCAGGAGACAGGACGAAAUCUACUUCGGGAACUCUUGAUCUUCAUCGCCGCAUGGGACUUACCCGACGAUGAACUCUAUUUCAAGAUGAUGGUGCAGAUUAUGGACGCAGUUUUAAGGAACGGCCUUAUGUCUCAUGCCUAUUCAGACUUCGGCCAAACCAAGGACAUAAUCUCUCCAGCUCAGGCGGUCGUCGUAAAGAUUCUCACACAUAUAUUCAGGGCUAAAUACUCCCCCGCUUCUGUCACAGGAUCAACGCAAGCCAACACAACGAAGAACCCAGCACCGCUCUCUAGGGUCGAUAUUCUCACAGUCCGCUACAUCUUCACCAUCUUCCGCGGCAACAUCAUUCCAGAAACCUGCGCCUUGAUCUACCUUCAAGGCCAGAUCCGUGCUGGACGGGCGCUCCCUGAGGACUUCCCACUGAACCUGUGGGAUAUGGAACGGGUCUACGAAGGUGUCUAUCAGUUCCUGGAAUUUUUCGCCGUCCUUACCGAAAACAACGACUGGAAGAACCUUCUAGUCAAGUGGGAGAUUGUCUACGAUUUAGUUACCUUGAUUAAGGAACUUGAAGCAAGCAUUCCCAAGGGGCAAUUGAGCCAGUUGUCACUCGGGCCCCGUAGCCCUUCGAAGGAGUCUCAACCGAACACAAUUCCUGGGCCAGUUGCGGUUGAACGACCUUAUGACCCGAGUGAUCCGGACCCAGUUGAUGGCGGUGCUCCCUCUAGAGCUGAGUCGCCCCCGAUAACCGAAGACCCGUCCGAAUUCGAAUGGAGAAACCUCAAAAAGCUUGUCGUGCUCGUGCUCUCGUCCCUGGUGUGGAAGUGCCCAGAGGUCCAAGACCAAAUCCGUCGGCAUGGCGGCGUCGAGACCAUCCUGUCUUGCACCAACUUUGACGCGCACAACCCCUACAUCAAAGAGCAUGCGGUGAUGUGCUUGAAGUUCUUGUUGGAGGGUAACCGCGAAAACCAAAAGCUCGUAGAAGAGCUAGAGGCACGUGAAGUAGUAAAAGACGAGAACGGACUACUCGAGAGGAGCGGGUUCGAAGCCGUGAUUGACAAGACUGGCAAACUGGCAAUCCGACCCAAGGACGGGACCGGAGAAAAGAGAUAA